GUCUCCAGGCCUUGCAGAGCCUCCAGCACCUCCCCAGGCACCGGGUGGCCGUGGUGCCCGACGCUGGCCAUGCCUGCUACCUGGACAAGCCGGAGGACUUCCACCGAGCCCUGCUGGGCUUCCUGCACCAGCUGAAACCUUUGCAGCCCCGGUCCCCAGUCUGACAUGGCACCUGGGAAGCCCGGGAAGAGCGCGGGGGCCUCAGAGGACCCCUCGGUUACACUUUUCCGGGAGUACCUGAGGAUCGACACCGUCCACCCCAAACCUGACUAUGAUGCGGCCGUCCGGUUUCUGGAGCGUGUUGGCACCGACUUGGGUUUGGCUUGCCAGAAAGUGGAGGUGUGCCAAGGCUGCGUGGUGCUGGUCCUGACCUGGCAGGGGACGAACCCCCGCCUGCGCUCCAUCCUCCUCAACUCCCACACCGACGUCGUGCCUGUCUUUGAGGAACACUGGACCUACCCACCCUUCGAGGCUAUUAAGGACUCGCAAGGCAACAUCUAUGCCCGGGGUGCCCAGGACAUGAAGUGUGUCUCCAUCCAGUACCUUGAGGCCAUCCGGAGGCUGAAGGCGGAGGGAAAGUGUUUUCCCCGCACCAUCCACCUCACCUUUGUGCCUGAUGAGGAGAUGGGUGGACACAAGGGCAUGGAGUUGUUCGUGCGGCGCCCUGAGUUCCGAGCACUCAACGUGGGCUUUGCCCUGGACGAGGGUUUGGCCAGCCCGUCCGACACCUACAGCGUCUUCUAUGGUGAAAAGAGCCCGUGGUGGGUGAAGGUGAAGUGCAUGGGCAGCCCCGGGCACGGGUCCCGCUUCAUCACCAACACGGCGGCUGAGAAGUUGCACAAAGUCAUCAACUCCUUCCUGGCCUUCAGGGAGAGCGAGAAGCAGAGGCUCAAGUCCGACUCAAGCCUGACCCUAGGGGACGUCACCUCGCUCAACCUGACCAUGCUGGAGGGGGGCGUCUGCUUCAACGUGGUGCCCUCUGAGAUGGCGGCUGGCUUCGACAUCCGCAUCCCACCCACCGUGGACCUGAAGGCCUUCGAGGAGCAGGUGGCCGCGUGGUGCCAGAGUGCCGGGGACGGCGUCACCUAUGAGUUUAUCCAGGUGAGGGGGUCUCAGCCUCCUGGGCUCAUCGUGCCCGUCCCUCCCCUGCCCCGUGCCCACCCCCCUGCCCCUCACCUGCCCUCUCCCCCCCGUCAGAAAUGCAUGGACCAACACGUCAGCUCCACUGAGGAGUCAGACCCGUGGUGGAAAGCCUUCAGCGGGGUCUGCAGGGACAUGAAACUGCAGAUCAAGCUUGAGAUCUUCCCAGCUGCCACCGACAGCCGCUACAUCCGAGCGGCAGGACACCCCGCUAUCGGCUUCUCACCCAUGAACCGCACCCCGGUGCUGCUCCACGACCACAACGAGUUCCUCAACGAGCAAGUCUUCCUGCGGGGCAUCGACAUCUACGCCCGCCUCCUGUCUGCCCUGGCAUCGGUGCCCCCGCUGCCCGCUGAGGCCUGAGCACGGGGGCGAGGGGCAGAAUGGGGGGUGCCGAGCAGUGGGACGCAGGGCUUUAUAAAGGGGGUGGGAGUGGGGCCCAGAAAAUGCCUGCCAGGGACCCAGCUGGCAUUAUGUCACAUUGGCUGUGCUCAGGGCUGGCUCGACGGUGACGCCUGUGCCAAGUGUCCUGGCUUUGCCCUCAAAAUUUGGGUCCUAGCCACACACCCCCCUUGGGGAUUUUGUCCCCCUUGCCUGGGUGCCUCCUGCCUUUCCUGGUGUCAUCAAUGCCUCCCCCUGUCCCCGUGCCACCUCCAGCUGCCCUGGCUGUGGGGUAAGGGGCUGGCUGGUGCCCUGCUCUGCCUGCCUGGACCUUGUCCUGCCACCCUGACUGCUUGUGGGGGGAGCUGGGACCGGUACCCCCCGUGCAAGUCAAUAAAUCUCCUUAGUAAGCACG